GGCUCUGCUCCCGGGUGGGGCUGGCCCGGCCCGACACUCCUCUGGGGCUGGAGUGCGGCCGGAGACCUCUCCCCAGCCGUGGGGUGAGGCCCCUCAGCUGCGGGAUUUGGAAGCAUGGCUGCUAAGAAACUAAGAAGAGCACAGUUGUCUCAGGAAAUGUGUGAAAGGCUGAGUCGCUAUCAGAUCACUACCUGUCAGGAGUUCUUAUGUCUUUCCCUCUUGGAGCUAAUGAAAGUGACAGGACAGAGCUACUAUGAGGUGCAGAAACUUCUUUGUAAAGUCAGCCGAGCUUGUGCUCCCAAAAUGCAGACGGCUUAUGAAAUGAAACUAAGGAAGUCUGGUAAUCCUUCUUCAGCCUUUUUAUCCACCACACUUCAUAGUUUGGAUAGGAUCCUGCAUGGUGGAGUGCCUUGUGGAUCCCUCACAGAGAUAACUAGCCCACCAGGUUGUGGAAAAACUCAAUUUUGUAUUAUGUUGAGUGUUCUGGCUACACUGCCUAUAAGCAUGGGAGGACUAGAUGGGGCUGUUAUAUACAUCGACACGGAGUCUGCAUUCAGUGCUGAAAGGUUGAUUGAGAUGGCAGCAAAGAGAUUCCCUGCUUAUUUUGACUCAGAUGAGAAGUUGCUCUGCAUGACCCGUAGCAUCCACCUGUACCGAGAGCUCACCUGUUGCAGUGUACUGAAGAGGAUUAUGUCUUUGGAAGAAGAAAUUAUUUCAAAGAAAGUUAAACUUAUAAUAAUUGACUCUGUUGCUUCAGUUGUCAGAAAGGAGUUUGAUACAAAACUCCAGGGCAAUCUGGCAGAGAGAAGUAACUUUUUGACUAGAGGAGCAUCAAUGCUGAAAUAUUUGGCAGAGGAGUUCUCAAUACCAGUUAUCUUGACGAAUCAGAUUACCACAUCUCUGAGCAGUGGCCCUGGGAUCCGGGCAGACCUGGUGUCUCCAGCUGAUGAUUUGUCCCUGUCUGAAGGAUCUUCUGUGAGUGGGAAGAGGGAUUCUGGUUGUGUGACAGCAGCCCUUGGCAACACGUGGAGUCACAGCGUCAACACCAGGCUCAUACUACAAUACCAUGACUUGCCAACAAGACAGCUCCUGGUUGCUAAAUCCCCUGUUGCUCCAUUCUCCACUUUUUUCUACACCAUUGAGAAAUCAGGCUUGGUUCUUCAGGACCAAAAGGAUCAAACAAAUUCAGUUUGGGAAGGAACCAAUCCUGCCCUGCAGCCCAUAAGAGUGAGAAGCAGUGCCUUGAAAGAUACUUCACAUGAUGCUGCUUUACCCAGCACUACUGGCGAGACUUCAAGAAAUACAUCAAAUCUAUAGAAAGGACAAAUGAAACCUCCCCAAAGACUGAAUGAAUGAUGACAUUGGUUUUCAAAAAUCUGGUGAAGCAGAGAAAGAACAUUCUUUGUCUUCUUCUUCUCUUGUCUCUUCAAAGACUAAUGGCAGAACCAAGUGCUGUUCUUAAUAUGUGUGGGGCCAUACUUAACUCUGAACUUAUGAAAAGCCUGUCUUUAGGUUAAGUGGCUUAGUAAUAAAAGCCUCUGAACAACAUACAUGGUGCUGAAGAAGUGUAGGCCACAUGUGCCUUCCUAAUUCACCUCAUCAGUUUGGAGGAACCAAUGGCCAAGCACAGGAGUGUCCACAGCCCAAAACACAGUGAAACAUUCACUUUUUAUUUUAAGAGAAUGAUAAGCCCACUCAGUGGUUUGAUAACGAAGCAAUAGUACAGUAAGAACUUAUUCCUGUAACUCACUUGGAAAUCAUCGGAGAUUAUGUAAGAGUUACAAAUAGCUGGGCACUGUUCAGAAUGUUAGGAGAACAGGUAGCAAUCUAAACUGUGAGAAGAUCAAUGUAUAUUACAGCUGCUCAGCUUUCUCUGCCUUCAAAGCACUUCUGAAGUAUUCACAACAUGACUGCAAAUCACAGAACUAUUUACUCACCUUAGAGAUCUAGAGAAUGUAUGACCUGCUCAAGGCCUCUAAAAGCAUCACUGGCUGUGCUGUGAUCAGGAUCUGGUUGUUGCUGGCUCUCAAGCUUACAGGAAAGCCAUGGGUUCAGUUAGUGCUGCUUCAUGGUCACCACUGGCCUGGUUCCGUCUUCUGCUGUCCCUGAGCACUCUCUUGAACUGUACAGAAAUAUGAGAGGUCUGGAGUACUCCCGAAGUGACUGUAGGUAACCCAGCAAGGAAAUGAGCUGCAGUGAGGCCACCUCAGGCAGCCAGGCAGGCAGGUUGCCAUCUGCUGUUUGCUGUUGCUGUUUGGGGGUGAUGAGAAUGCUCCUGGGAGCACGUGGCCCCUACUAAAAAAUAUUGCACACCCUGAAGUGUAGCAGUGGCAGAGAUGUGGAAGCUGAUGUUGCAUCACUCCCAGCCACCAGCCAGGAUGGCAUGGAGAGGGUAUCUCUGCAGCUAUCUGCUUGCAUGCCUUUGGGCCUUGCACACAGCUUUGGGCUCUCCUUUAACAAGGAAGUUUCCAUCACAACAAGGAAGUUACUGCAUUUCAAUAAGCUACUUCUAAAAGUAAUAUAUUUCACCCUAGGGAAGAGCAAUUUUCCAGCUUCAGUGUUACAAGUUUUGUGCUUUGAAGAGACCUUUGUAACAUAUAAUUUUAAUUUUGUUUUAGCUAAGAUUUGGAUUUUCUUCUUGACAGUGCUGCACUACCGGCCACUCAAACCCUGCUUAACUUGCUUGUAGCCAUUUUAUCUGAGUAUCUUGUAAAUAUUUGGUAGAACACUCAGACAGAGAAGCGUUUUUUGCUCUUACAGUCACAUGCCUGGUUCCAGGACCUUUAAGAAGUACAAAAGACUGAAGGCAGGGAAAAUUCCACUGAGCUGCAUUCAAGUCUCCAGGGAGCAACUACACUCUGUUUAGACUAAAAUUUCUCAUUGCUGUCUCUCCCUAUUUAAAAAAAAAAGUAGAAGGAUUGAGAGGGGAAGCUAGAGGGUUUCAUUAUUAUAAACACCAGAAUGCAAGCACUAUUUUCAUUUAUUUCUCUCAUACUGUGGAGCCAUUUGCAGUUAGAGAGGGAGAUAAGCUUUUCAGUGCUGUCUGGGCUACCUGGGAAAUUUCCAUCAAGUUCUAAAAUGUUUUACAAAUAUUAGUGAAUUAAAGCUUAAUCCCCUUCUUCUCAGCCCCAUGAAGCUAGUGCAGUAUAAAGACAGGGCUAAUGAGACCCAGGUAAUUGUGCUUUGCUGAAGUCACAGGGAGAGCAUGGUAAGAGAACUUGGGUCUCUGAGUCCCAGCUUUUCCUCUUACACUACAAACAACACAUAUUCCCUCCCUUUCCAAGGCAUGCUAGGAUAUAGUGAAAACAUUCUGGCCUCACACCUUGAAACAACCUUGGAUUUUCCCCCUUGCUCACAACUGCUGUCCCAUGGAAUUAAGAUGUUGAAAAGAUCAAAGAGGAAUGUGAAAUGGGGAGAAAAAAAAAAUCAAGUCACUACUCUGUCUGCCUUGGGUGUGUUCUGCCUCCACUGCUGCCAGUGGAGCUGGUGUUAUGUUGGGAGCGACCUCAAACACGUUUGUAUGUACUUCCAUAUAAUAUUCAGGCAGAACUGUGGUAAAAAUGCCAUAAUCAACAAGAGAGUUUGGCUGACAAGUAAAUCGGACAGAUGAGCCAAUAAGUCACUCUUGUAUUGAAUAUAUGUAAUUUCAUUAUCCUUCUGUAUGUGACCUGCAUUUCUUACUGCUUCUUAUUAUUAGCAUCCUGUAAUGACAGCUGCAGCCAUCCCUUUCUCCUCUUCAGAAGAGGAGGAUUAUCCAUCAGCCAGUUCUUCUCCAGUGGUAUGAGUGAGAUUUUUACCACAGGAAUUAAUGAUCAGUUGAAGAGAGCUGUUCCCAGCAGGGCCAAACAAAAAGCAAUGUGCACAUAAGUAAUGAAGUGGAAGAGAAGGAAACAAAUCUAUAAAGUUCUUACAUUAUUUUCCCCUUAACUUCCCUUGUUCACACUGAUAGAUAACCAGACAUGCAAAGCUGGAUGCAUAUUGACAGUGACCAGUGUAAGCAGGACUGAGAGCUUCUCCCACUGUGCAAGCAAACCUGAAGUCAGUCAGCUACCAAACGAGAUCAGCAUGUACCAGCUAUUCCAGCCCUUGCAGAUGAGAGAUAUCUGGAGGAAAAGCAGUCCUCCUGUCUCUCCUGUCACCUUACAACAUACCCCAGCACUAGAACCUUCGGCCUCUUAACGCUGUUACCUUUCGUGACAAGGCUCCAGCACUGGUCCUUGGGUAGGCUGCUUCUCUAGCACCCUUCCCUGUACAGGAUCCAAACUCAGUGCAAAUGCUGUGCACAGUGCUCAUUUCAUUCCCUGCUGAAAGGCAGCCAGGCCUGAGGUGGAACAUGGCAAGCGCUUCGCCGCACCUGGCAACUCCACACAGCUGCUGAAAACAAGCAAGGAAGAAAGCCGUGUACAAAUGCAGGGGAAUUUUCACAUAGGCAGGAUGUAAUUAGCAGAGCUGGAAUUUGGCCAGGACACUGGGGUUAAAACACUGGCUUGCAGGUAACACACUGGGGUCUUUCAUAAUUCAAAUGCUCAGGAUCUCCCAUUUCCAUUUUACCUGGAAGAUGUCAGAGGACUGUUCCCUAUUUAAUGGUCAUGGGCAGCUCUCGAACAUCUGACAAAGGAAGAAGUGUCUAAAUGGUGCUGCACCUGCAGAGCUUCUCUGCCAGCAACUGCCCACCAUGAACAACAGCUGAAAGGAUCACAUCCUGACAGGACCACGGCUGUACUGCUGUAAAACACACCUCCAUGCCUUGGGGUUCACUUCACCCCUAAACCUCAUUACUCAGUUUUUCGGCCCCAAAUCCGUUCCAAACAGAAAGAGAAGAUGAUAAAAUGAGGGCAGCACCUUACACAUAAAACAUAAGAUAGAGAAUAUUACCAUUAAGUGUUGCUUCAACCCUAUUCUGUGCCAUUUGAAAUAAUACCAGAUAGCUAUUGGACAAGAGAGAAUUUAGAUGAAGCACUUCCCCCCAGUGUAGAUGAGAGAGCUUUUCCAACUGGCCUUGCCAGUAACACACAGAGCGUGAAGAGCUUUUGCCGCCUUCUUCCUUCCAGCAGGGAAAUCGUGUUCAAAGCAGCAAAACAUUUUUUUCCACUUCAUGAUCUCACUUUCUGUAUAAGCAAUUUUUCUGUUUACUAUGAGGAUGUUGAAUGUCCACAAAAGACUGGGGAAGUCAUUCAUGAACCUCACAUGUAUCAAGUCUGCAUGAUGUUUCUACCAUGAUGUGGGCCACAGUAAAUAAUAAUUGAAAACCUCUAACCCCUUGUCAAUCAGACCUUCAGACAUGUGCAAAGAGCUGACUUCCCCUGUGUAGUGCAGUGUGUGCAGACAAAACAAGAAGUGUUCCUGCCAUCUGAAAAAGCAUAAUCUCUGCAUCAGUAAGUCAUAAAAAAGGGACCCCUCCUCUACCUCUGAGCUUAGCAUACCAGCCUUUGGUUUACUAGGGAAGGAGGAGGGGGUUUUUGUAAGCCCAGGCUGCCAUGCAAGCCCCCUCUUUGUCAAGUGUUGUUUAAUACAACCACCAACCAAACUUGAUGAGAGUACCUCAGUCAGUGGGACAACAAACCUACAGACAGCCUCCAAUGGCAAAAUGCACUGGGGAGAGUAAAGAACGGGCAGCUGCAGGCAACAGGAAAUCCAGCACUAAUAAAUAAAAUGUCUUAUAGCCAGAAAGAGGAAAUAAACAGCAGCAGCACAAACUGAGAGGACAGAAGAGAGCAUAACUGUGGCAUGGGAAUCACUGAGUUACAGUGAGCUUAUUUUUACAGAACGUUGUCCCGGUUUGCUAUGUGUUCAGACUGCAAAAAAGUGGGGGAGUGGGGGGACUGCUCAAAGAGAGGGUCUCUAUCAGAAGUUGUCAACAACCACUGUAAUUAAGGAAGCAGCCAGAGCACACACAACCAGAGCUGCUGCCAAACUGAAAUGAAAGCAUUUUUUGUUUUCAGCUGUAGCCCCAAAGGAUAAUAAAAGAUGGUUCUACCAUGCCAAGUGAGGAGCUGCAGGGACACCAUUUCUUGAUGGCCCUCCUCCCAUCCUUCCAAAAUUAUACACUGUGGGGAAGCAGUGAGUUACUGUUCCUAAGUGUGCUUUCAAAGCCUGUGCCUGCACACCCCAUCUGACUGCAGCCACCUGGGAAGGCCGGCCGCAAGACAGGUGGGUCCUCAACCACCAUGGUGACAAUGGAGGUGGCACCAGCUGAGCUCUUCCCCCAGCCAGUGGGGUGUUCUGGCACUACUUGGUUCAGAUUACUGGAGCUGCAACACUGGAUUUUUCUCCCCUUGCCCUCAGCUAUAGGUUUCACCACAGCCCCAUAGCAUUGCCACCACCAGUGAGAUCUGUCACAUUCAGAAGAGCCAUGCACUACUUUCUUCCUGAGGACAGCUGCAUUUAGGGGGCUCACUGGUGCCUUGGCAAGGACUUUUGUUGGUGGCACACCAGCACCGUGCUCUUCUUGCUGCUGACAGCACAGGGGGCCUGCGCCCAUGCAGCAGCAGGUGCUGGGGAGCAGAACGUGGGCUGGCAGAGCCCAGGAGGUUGGCAUUGAUCUUCAGCUGUGGGACAUGUGGCUUUCACUGGUGGCUGUAGAAACUGGUGUGCAGGUUCAGUGAAGGGAAAGAAGUCAUUCAGAAAUUGCAUGCAUAUUUCUGAAUUCAUUCAUUGCAUGGUGUUUGCCUUUCAUCCUCCCCCCUGGGCUCUGUGUGCAUUGCUGGCAUUCUCUCCCAAUCCUAUAUAAUAAUUCCCAGGUCUCCGCAAGCCACUGCCUGCCAGUGGAGCCCAGAGUCACUGGCUCGCCAGCCCGGUCACAUGAAAAGUUACACGCGAAGGUUUAAUGCUUUCUCCUGACCCCAGCCCCUGUUCCUGUGAAUCCCCUGCAGUGUUUUCCUAAUCAGGUGCCAGGGAAGCUUUGCACUGAGCAGGGUGCUAAGAAGGUGGCUAUUUAUCUGCAGCAUUUCCAGAGUCUCUGAGCUCUCCUGAGCCCUAAAUACAAGCAGUGGAAGCAGGUGAAUGUCUGUCAAGGCUGCCAUUUAGACCUGAAGCUGCUUUCCAAACAAAGGCACGUUGCAGUUGCCUCACUUGUUCUUUCCCAACUGCUGCACUAAUGGUUAAUUGCUUCAGCAGGCAUGGAAAUCACUUCUCAAAGCCUGCAUACAUAGCUAUGGUCCAGUAGAAUUUUAACCUUCACUGGACAUUGACAAUAUGUCUGUUACUAGGGUGUCAAAAAAAACCCCACAGCCCUUCCAUUACCAAAUUCUAGGUGAUGCAAGUGUUUAGUUCAUCACACAACUUGUGAAAGUGGUAACAUACUGACUUUUCUGUCACACUUAUAUAUGACAUAUCAGAAAAAACACAUGCUUGUGGAGAAUCUCAAAUGGAAGCGAUCUUUUCUUAAAUGUGGAUGAAAGGCAGAAAUAUUCAAUGGCUGUUUCUGAUAUCAGCAGUUAAAGCAAUUUCCUGCUAUCAGUGUUACGGGAGGGAGGGCAGGUAUCUCCUGCAGGAAGAGUUCUUGUUCUCCACCUGAUGUUUUCAUGUAGGAUUUCACACAUGGCAGUGUAUGAUUCAUGCUCAGCUUUUGGAAGCAUGGGAGUUGUGUCUGGCAGUCAGGGCCCUGUGUUCCUCUGGGUUUCAUACAGACCACAGAAAGAUAAGCCAGUUGUACCUUUGAGCCAGACUGUUGGAUAAUCAAACUGAGCAUUUGAUUUCAGUUUUGGUCCUUUUUUAUUUUUGAAGGCAAGGGAUGCAGCUUUUUAUGAACUCCAGCCUAUACCUACAUUUUUGUGGGUUUAGGUGAAAAGACCAGGUAAAGUUUUAAGUUGCAGUCUGUUUAUAUUGUUCUGGUUUAAGCUCUAUCAUUAUCAACAUAACUUUUAAAAACAUACAAAAAAAGCCCCCAAACUGACAGUGUUUUUCAAAUUCUUUGCUUUCUCAUAUAUUCAAAAGUGUAAGCCUGUCCUGCUUGGCUGACUGGCUGUUUGAUUAUUGCUUGAUAUGACAUUGCUUCAUUCUUAACUGUAACCAUCAAAAUCAUCAAACCUGAGUUCUAGUCUCAAUUACACUCAAACUCAAACUAUAACUUCUUAGUAUAUAUGGUAAUUAACAAACUUUGCUUAAAUUGUAUAUUCCAAACUCAAUCCAAGCAGGAGUUAAGAAAUCCUGCUUCUCCCAGAUGAGAGCAUGCCUGAAUAAUAUAGAAAUUACUUUUCUCAUUCAAAAGCAUUGGCAAAAUACAUGCAUAAAUACUGGGAUUUAAUCAGCCAGUGCUGUCUCUUUAUUUAAAGGAAAAACUUAUUUAACCCUUCAGGAGAGAUUCAAGCUACCAGUGACAAUGCAGGCAGGUCUGAACACCCAAAUGGUAAUGUGUGUAGAAAAAAGUGUGAGCUGGUGAUGUCUGUGUCUGUAAUCAGCUGGCAUUGUCCACCGUGCCACACAACAGACAGACCAGCAAGAAGGAUCUUCCAUUUCUGGAAAGUGCUGAAAUGGGGGAACACAGCGAUCUCAAAAUUGUCUUUCCUUCUAUGAAGUAUUGUCUUCAGGAUACUGCUUGACAUUCAUUCAGUCAAAUAUUUUGACAAUUUGAACAAAUAAGCAGGAAAUGGUUUGAUUUUUUGGCUCCAGUGGGCCACUUGUGAAGAAGAAUAAGUAGCACAGCGUGUGCCACGUCUCUUAAAUACUCUUGUUUGCCAGAAACAUAAGUGGUGUAUUUCCCGGGCUGUGGAAACAGUUAUCAUUUCCAGUCCACCAAGUCACCCUUCUGUCUCCACACACCAUCCCCAGCCCCACAUAGGGCUGGGGUGAAAGGAAGCAUCACUCUGAAUUACUCUGUUGUUACUCUGGUGUUUGUGAGGAGAGGGUGCAUGUGCACAUAACACAUUAUCCUGUGCACGUUUCUGAGAAGGGCUGUGAUUGCAGUCACUUCACAGUGGCACAGAAGAGGAGUAGCAAGCCGAGGUGGGGCAUGCACAGGCACCUGAGAGCCAAAGCUGCACCUCUCUCCAGGCUGCUCUGCGGAGCCAGGCCCGUCUUUUCGAGCAUGCUGCUGCAGCAUACCUUCACGGGAGCCCUGGGCCAGGGCGCUGCGCUUGGGGAGAUGCCAGAGGAGCUUUUGUCUGUGCUUUCACUGCGGGUUUAAGUAGUUCGAUUAGCAUCUGGGUCAGAGCACAUGGAGCAGCCCCGGCUGGGGUGGGAGAAGUCACACUGUGAGGCCACACUUGAACGUGGCCACUUUACCGCACCGCCCCGGGUACAAAGCCUGCUUGUGUGGGGCGCGUCCCGCCGUGCGUCACGCCUUGGUUGUCAGUGGCGGUCAUGGGUUGUUGGGGGGUGACACAAUAACCUCUUUAUGCUGAAAAGAAUAGCGGGAGGAAUUGCGGGAGACCAUUGGAAACAUAACAGCAAAGAAGGGGUUUGGCUUUUGUCUGUCCCUCAAGGUAAGGUGCCCAGGCAGUCGCUGAGCUGCCUCGGCUGCUCUGGAAGGAGCGCCAGCAAAGCAGCAUCAAGGGUGAAUGCAGGGCUUUGGGUAUCUGGGACUUAAAGAAACACCCAAGGAAGACCCCAUGGUAUCUCUGUGGUAAAAACAUGAUAAAACUGCUUAUUUAGGGUAGCGUUUUACAGCAGCUCAUACUAAAGUCUGGGCUGCCCCGGCCUUCUUGCCCCCACUGCUUUCAACACAAAAGCAGCAACACAAGGAGUCAUCUCAAAGAGCUGAUCUGUCUGGAAAUUAGACUGUGUUUUUAAUUACAAAAUAAAAGUUUGCUUUAUUGGAA